CUUACUUGACGCUGCCGUCCCUGGCAGUCGGAAGUUCCUGGAGCUGCGAGAGCCCAGCCGGCCGGCCGACCCACCGACCGGCCUUCGUCGUCCCCGGCGCCCCUCGAAGAGUCGCUGACGGGGCGGACACUUCCGAGCGCCCGAGGAGACACCCUGUGCGGCAGCAGCGAAAGCGCCGGCUCUAUGGCGCGGCUCGCGUGAGGCGGGAGGCCGAGUGGCGGCACCCGCCCCAGCGAUGCGGGCCCCGCCCGUCGCCUCAGAUGCCAUUUGGAUAGUUCUUCAGUGACACGAUGUACUCUGAGUGGAGGUCGCUGCACUUGGUGAUUCAGAAUGACCAGGGCCACACCAGUGUGUUGCAUAGCUAUCCAGAGGAUGUUGGGCGAGAGGUGGCAAAUGCAGUGGUCCAUCCUCUUGGGCAGGCCUUAGUGGUUGGUAGUGAGAGUGUAUUAAAAACUGACAAAGAAGUGAAAUGGACCAUGGAAGUUAUUUGCUAUGGACUGACCCUUCCAUUGGAUGGAGAGACUGUAAAAUAUUGUGUUGAUGUAUAUACAGACUGGAUUAUGGCUUUAGUGCUGCCGAAAGAUUCUAUUCCUUUGCCAAUUAUUAAGGAGCCUAAUCUAUAUGUUCAAAAUAUAUUAAAACACUUGCAAAAUCUUUUUGUACCAAGACAGGAACAGGGCUCCAGUCAGAUUCGACUAUGCUUACAGGUCCUGAGAGCCAUUCAGAAAUUGGCCCGUGAGUCAUCCAUCAUGGCACGAGAAACUUGGGAAGUUUUACUGUUGUUUCUUCUGCAGAUUAAUGACAUCCUUUUAGCUCCACCAACUGUCCAAGGUGGCAUAGCUGAGAACCUAGCAGAAAAGUUGAUUGGUGUUCUCUUUGAGGUAUGGUUACUAGCAUGUACUCGGUGCUUCCCAACACCUCCUUACUGGAAAACAGCCAAGGAGAUGGUAGCUAACUGGAGGCACCACCCAGCAGUGGUGGAGCAGUGGAGCAAGGUCAUCUGUGCAUUGACUUCAAGGUUGCUACGCUUUACAUAUGGUCCUUCAUUUCCUCCAUUUAAAGUUCCUGAUGAAGAUGCCAGUUUAAUUCCCCCAGAAAUGGAUAAUGAGUGUGUUGCACAAACAUGGUUUCGCUUUUUACAUAUGUUAAGUAAUCCCGUGGAUUUGAGUAAUCCAGCUAUUAUAAGCUCUACUCCCAAAUUUCAGGAACAGUUUUUGAAUGUGAGUGGAAUUCCUCAAGAAUUGAAUCAGUAUCCCUGCCUUAAACAUCUGCCUCAAAUAUUUUUUCGUGCCAUGCGUGGAAUCAGCUGUCUGGUGGAUGCAUUUUUAGGCAUUUCUAGACCCCGAUCAGAUAGUGCUCCUCCAACGCCUGUGAAUAGAUUAAGUAUGCCUCAAAGUACUGCUGUCAAUACAACCCCACCACAUAACCGCAGGCACCGGGCUGUUACUGUGAAUAAAGCCACUAUGAAGACGAGCACAGUUAGCACUGCUCAUGCCUCAAAAGUUCAGUAUCAGACAUCCUCCACCUCUCCUCUGUCAAGUCCAAACCAGACUAGUUCAGAACCUCGGCCACUACCUGCCCCUCGGAGACCAAAGGUUAACAGUAUCUUGAAUCUCUUUGGAUCAUGGUUAUUUGAUGCAGCGUUUGUUCACUGUAAACUUCAUAAUGGGAUAAACAGAGACAGCAGCAUGACUGCAUCUUUUAUCCAAAUUCUUCUUUCUUAUAAAUCUUCCAUCACAACACAAGCUAGCAUGGAGUUUCGACGGAAAGGGUCACAAAUGUCCACAGACACCAUGGUUUCCAAUCCUAUGUUUGAUGCAAGUGAAUUUCCUGAUAACUAUGAAGCAGGAAGAGCUGAGGCUUGUGGGACACUGUGUAGGAUUUUUUGUAGCAAGAAGACUGGAGAAGAGAUUCUGCCAGCUUAUUUAUCCAGAUUUUACAUGCUUUUAAUUCAAGGUUUGCAGAUAAAUGAUUAUAUAUGCCAUCCUGUCUUGGCCAGCGUUAUUCUAAACUCUCCUCCUUUGUUCUGCUGUGACUUGAAAGGGAUCGAUGUUGUGGUUCCUUACUUUAUUUCAGCUCUUGAAACCAUUUUGCCUGACAGAGAACUCUCAAAAUUCAAAAGCUAUGUAAAUCCAACAGAAUUGAGAAGAUCUUCCAUUAAUAUCCUACUUUCUUUGUUGCCCCUCCCUCAUCACUUUGGCACAGUUAAAUCUGAGGUGGUCUUGGAAGGAAAGUUUAGUAAUGAUGACAGCUCUUCACAUGAUAAACCAAUAACGUUUUUGUCCUUGAAGUUGAGACUUGUGAAUAUACUAAUAGGUGCCUUGCAAACAGAAACAGACCCUCAUAACACUCAAAUGAUACUAGGGGCAAUGUUAAAUAUUGUUCAAGAUUCAGCACUUUUAGAAGCCAUUGGUUGCCAAAUGGAGAUGGGUGGUGGUGAAAAUAAUCCGAAGAGUCAUAGUCGUACGAAUAGUGGGAUUAGUUCUACAAGUGGUGGAAGCACAGAGCCUACAACUCCUGAUAGUGAAAGACCUGCUCAGGCUCUCCUAAGGGAUUAUGAUUCAGCUGCUGGAUUGCUGAUUCGAAGCAUUCAUCUUGUUACCCAAAGACUCAACUCCCAGUGGCGGCAAGACAUGAGCAUAUCGCUGGCAGCUCUAGAACUACUCUCUGGCCUGGCAAAGGUAAAGGUCUUGGUUGACUCAGGAGACCGGAAGCGAGCCAUUAGUUCUGUGUGUAGCUACAUUGUGUACCAGUGUAGCCGGCCUGCACCUCUUCACUCCCGGGAUCUACAUUCCAUGAUAGUGGCAGCUUUUCAGUGUCUCUGUGUCUGGCUGACAGAACAUCCUGAUAUGCUUGAUGAAAAGGACUGUCUUAAGGAAGUACUGGAGAUUGUGGAACUUGGUAUUUCAGGAAGUAAAUCCAAGAACAGUGAGCAAGAGGUCAAAUACAAAGGAGAUAAGGAGCCAAACCCUGCAUCUAUGAGAGUAAAAGAUGCUGCUGAAGCCACUCUGACAUGUAUUAUGCAGUUGCUUGGUGCAUUUCCUUCACCCAGUGGUCCCGCCUCUCCUUGCAGUUUGGUAAAUGAGACCACUUUGAUUAAAUACUCCAGGCUGCCAACCAUUAACAAGCAUAGUUUCCGGUACUUCGUCUUGGAUAACAGUGUUAUUCUGGCAAUGCUGGAACAACCUCUUGGAAAUGAACAGAAUGAUUUUUUCCCCUCUGUCACUGUGCUGGUUCGGGGUAUGUCUGGAAGACUUGCUUGGGCUCAACAGCUUUGCCUUUUACCCAGAGGAGCAAAAGCAAAUCAAAAGCUUUUUGUGCCUGAACCUCGUCCAGUUCCUAAAAAUGAUGUUGGAUUCAAGUACACUGUGAAACAUCGACCAUUUCCAGAAGAGGUGGAUAAGAUUCCUUUUGUGAAAGCAGAUUUAAGCAUUCCAGAUUUGCAUGAAAUCAUCACUGAAGAAUUAGAAGAGAAGCAUGAAACAUUACGGAAUGGCAUGGCUCAACAGAUUGCUUAUGAAAUACGCCUUGAGCAACAAAGUGAGCAGGAAUUUCAGAAGAGAAGUUUUCCUGAUCCAGUUACAGAUUGCAAGCCUCCACCUCCUGCCCAGGAAUUCCAAACAGCACGUCUUUUCCUUUCUCAUUUUGGAUUUUUGUCAUUAGAAGCACUGAAGGAACCUGCAAAUAGUCGACUACCUCCUCACCUUAUUGCACUUGACUCCACAAUACCCGGAUUUUUCGAUGAUGUUGGAUAUCUGGAUCUUUUGCCGUGUCGUCCCUUUGACACAGUUUUUAUUUUCUAUAUGAAGCCAGGUCAGAAAACAAACCAAGAGAUUUUAAAGAAUGUGGAGUCUUCUAGAAGUGUUCAGCCACAUUUUCUAGAAUUUUUGCUCUCCCUUGGCUGGUCAGUAGAUGUUGGCAAACACCCUGGUUGGACUGGGCAUGUUUCUACCAGUUGGUCUAUCAAUAGUUGCAAUGAUGGUGCAGGACCCGAACAAGAAGAAGUGAUUUCUUCAGAAGAUAUUGGAGCUAGCAUUUUCAAUGGACAGAAGAAGGUGCUGUAUUAUGCUGAUGCCCUUACAGAAAUAGCUUUUGUGGUUCCUUCUCCUAUGGAAUCAUUAACUGAUUCAUUAGAAAGCAACAUCUCAGAUCAAGAGAGUGAUUCAAAUAUGGAUCUUAUGACUGGAAUUCUGAAACAGCCAACACUGACUCUUGAACUUUUCCCCAAUCACACAGACAAUCUUAAUUCUUCACAGAAGCUCAGUCCCAGUUCCAGAAUGAAGAAGCUGCCUCAGGGUCGUCCUGUGCCUCCCCUCGGACCUGAAACAAGAGUUUCUGUAGUCUGGGUGGAACGCUAUGAUGAUAUAGAAAACUUUCCCCUCUCAGACCUGAUGACAGAGAUCAGUACCGGAGUAGAAACCACUGCAAAUAGUAGCACUUCUUUGAGAUCUACGACUCUUGAAAAAGAAAUUCCUAUCAUCUUCAUCCAUCCUUUAAACACUGGAUUAUUCCGGAUAAAAAUUCAAGGAGUCACUGGAAAAUUUAAUAUGGUCAUUCCUCUUGUGGAUGGGAUGAUAGUCAGCAGGCGAGCACUUGGCUUUUUGGUGAGACAAACUGUCAUUAAUAUUUGUAGAAGAAAGAGACUGGAAAGUGAUUCCUACAGCCCACCGCAUGUCCGCCGGAAACAGAAAAUCACUGACAUAGUCAACAAGUACCGGAACAAACAGUUGGAGCCAGAGUUUUAUACUUCACUUUUUCAGGAGGUUGGACUCAAGAACUGCAGUUCUUAGGCCUCUGUUCAUCAAGGACUGUUGGACUUAUUUGGGGCUAUAAUAUCAAAGCAAAACAAUUUGAUAGGUGAUCACUGUAAAAAUAAAAGCAAAUCACUCCCCCAA